AUGAACAUCUGUGGAGCCACCAAAUGCCUCACUGUCAGUGAAGAAGAUAUGUCUAGCAGCGACCACGAUGUGGCUACAAUCGACGCCUCCAUGGAGGAAGCGGCAAGACAAACGGCAAUAAGAAGAAACCUCAGCGGGGACCAGGUCCGGAGCGCGUGCACGUCAGCCAAUACAAAGAAGACCUACCAAAGCUUCCUCAAGGACAUUAGAAGCAUCCAAUGGAGUGAACUCACUUGUGGCUACAGCAAAUGGAAACCUGACGUUUGCUCCUGCACCGUUGGAGGCAACGCACUCGGUAAGAAGACGUUACUGUCGCUGGUGAUGGUAUCGUUUGAUAUUCCUUACAUGAUUGAUGGCAUUUCGAGCUCGAGUUACCACGGGAUGGGAGUCGUCGUGGAUGCUGAACAAGGUUUUGUGCUUGUCCCCGCUAAAGUGGUGUUUGUGCAUCCAUUUCACAAUUUUUCCAUUGUACACUAUGACCCUAAGACUCCGGGCGCUGUAGCAGGCCACAUUGGGAGUGUUGAGUUGGCUGAAAAACCGCUAGAAGUUGGUGAGACUGCUGGCUAUAUCGGAUUGAGCAGCAACUGGACGGUGGUCACCAUGAAUCCCCAACGGUACACAGCAGGCAACAUCGAGGUGCUGCACUUUGACCGUAUUACAAAGUCUGUGGGUGGCGUCUUCAUCGAUGACGUUGGCGCUGUGAAUGCUCUUUGGCUCUCGUUCAGCUACCAGUAUAAUGCUGGUCGUAAGGAAGUCUUCCGUGGUCUACCGGUUAGCAUCGUCCGACCCAUUGUUGAUGAACUUCGGGCGUCUCGUAUUCACGAGUCUGUGAACAUUUUGCCGGCGCAAUUACUGACGUUCUCACUGUCAAAGGCACGCUCGGGUCUUGGACCAUCGGACGCAUGGAUCCAGAAACUCGAGUCUUGCUACGAGGAUAAGCGCCAGGUUCUCGGAAUCAAGCGUUGUGCUGCUGGCACAGACUGCGCCGAGAAACUCGAGAGCGGCGACUUGCUCUUAGCAAUUGACGGCCAGGUUGUGGUUCGGGACUGUUCCCUCUGCUAG